UGACAUGGCGAUCGUCUAACAUCAGUCCUCUUUCGAACGUUGCUAUAGGUGGAGCGCUAUAAAAGCACAUCUACUUAUUCACCACACACAUUCCAAAAUGUUGAAGAUCGUGAUUGUAUUAUCGAUAUUUGUGUGCGUACUAGCCGCACCCACACCUGAAGAGCUGCAACCACUGUUGGAUGGACGUAUUGUUGGCGGUUUUGCGACCACAAUCAGUUCUUUCCCAUGGCAAAUAUCAUUACAGAUCUCCGGCUCACAUUCAUGUGGGGGCUCGGUUUACAGUGAAACCAUCAUUGUCACAGCUGCACAUUGCCUUUCUGAUUAUCCAUCACUAACAACAUUGAGAGUACGAGCCGGUUCGUCCUACUGGAAUUCUGGUGGUACACUUUCUGAGAUUGCUGCAUUCAAGAUACACGAACUGUAUGGCACGAAUGGCAUGGCCAAUGAUAUUGCUUUAAUACGUUUAGCCAGUCCACUUAAGUUUAGCUCGACCAUUAAACCAAUUCCUUUGGCUGUGACAGCGCCAGCAGAUGGUGUCAUAGCGGUUGUAUCCGGUUGGGGUACUAAACUUUCUGGUUCACAGACGUUACCCACUCAAUUGCAGUAUGUUAAUGUAGAAGUUGUCGGUUUGGAAAAGUGUGCCUCAAAUAUUUAUGGCUAUGAUAGUGAAAGUGUUAGAGAAACUAUGAUCUGUUCCUACACCGAGGGCAAAGAUUCAUGUCAAGGAGAUUCUGGUGGUCCAAUGGUUGCGGAUGGCGUGCUGGUGGGCAUUGUAUCGUGGGGUAUAGGUUGCGGAUUCACCAACUAUCCGGGUGUUUACGCAGAUGUGGCUUCCCUACGUACAUGGGCAGAAAAUACGGCUGCAACUAUUUAAAUAUUUGAGACUUAGCUGUUAUGUAAUGCCUUACAGUUUAAUAACGCAAUAAAAUGUUAAUAAAAAAUAGAG